AUGGAUGUCUUUCGCGUGCGGUUGAACUGCAUAGACCACUAUCAGGCUGUUCAGACGAAAUACGAUCCUCUGCUUCGCAAUGACGUCCACCCAUCUCAGCUGGCUAAAGAGCCCGCCGUGCCCGUUAUUAGAGUCUUCGGUUCGACAGAAACGGGCCAGAAGGUAUGCGCCCAUAUACACGGCGCGUUCCCGUACCUGUAUAUCGAGUACAACGGAGGCUUGCUCUCAGACGAUGUGGGUGCAUACAUCUACCAGCUUCACCUCUCCAUUGACCACGCCUUGGCUGUGAGUUACCGUCGAAAUGCGUACGAUGCGAAGAGUAAAUAUGUGGCUAGGAUCACCCUUGUCAAGGGAAUACCUUUCUACGGAUUUCACGUCGGCUACCGGCUCUAUCUCAAGAUCUACAUGCUCAACCCUUUUACCAUGACUCGUCUCGCGGAAUUACUCCAGCAAGGCGCCAUUAUGAAGAGGAAAUUCCAACCGUAUGAGGCACACUUACAGUACCUACUGCAGUUCAUGACUGACUACAACCUUUAUGGGUGUGGGUACAUCGAGGCACGAAAAGCUUGCUUCAGGGCGCCCAUACCUGAGUACGACGAGGAUGUAGGGUGGUCGCAUCGGUGGCAUACGCGAUCGGUACCAAGUGCCUUCAUCGCGGAGGAUGCAGACCUCCCCCGUGCGAGUCAUUGUUCGGUCGAAGUUGACAUAUGUGUCCAAGACAUCCUCAAUAGGCACGAGAUCAAGGAGAGACAGCUCCAUCACGAUUUCACUGAGAGGAAGCAUCCCUUGUCGCCUGACGUGAAACUUGUCCACAGCAUGGCUGGGCUGUGGAAGGAUGAAAUCAAGCGCCGAAAGAAGAGAAUGCAUGACCCGACUCCAGGAAGUGGCCCCUCCCCCCCCGAAGCUAUGGUAUCUAUGUCCGCAGACCCGCGUCAUUCACAGCCCCCUGGAUGGAUCCACGAAGAAGAGUAUAGAGAGCAGAUAAGGGAACUGAUACGACAGGAGCGCGGGCAAAGUGAUGGCAGCGACCUCACCUUUGAUUCAUUUGUUCAGAACAUGCCCCUAGAGUCAACGGUUAACACUCUAUUACAAUCCGUCGAGGAUCUGUAUCCUGAAAAUUUGGAACGUGCUCUUGGCAUGGCGAGUCAACAUCUUGGAGAUGAUGAAAACCCUGCUGGCAGCAUACUGGUAGACGAAGAUCGCAUUUUUGAUGUUGAGCCGGAUAAUUAUGACGGCGCCUUCCGGGAUGACCCCGAUGAAAAUGCGCUUCGCGAUAUUGAGCCUCCGAAAGAGGAUGAGGCUCCCAACGAUAGCUCAGUACGAGCCGGCAAAUCUCCAUUUCAGACUAUUCAGAAGGACAAGAACGAUUCACGUGCUCGAUCCAACCCCCUCGCCUCACCAGACCUGAGUGCUAGAUCGGAUGGGCGGACCUUUUCAGAAAUGCGCGUCACUGGCGUGCAUAUAAGCUGCUUACGUACCAUGAGUAGACACCAGAUUCCAAUCUCGGAGUGUCUACUAGAUGUUGCGAAAGAGCAAGGACUUGUAAGCAAGGCUCCUCGAGAUACGGUGCCCGUCGAAGUCAACGGGAUCUUGAAACGCUCAGCCUCUUCGUUGCUCGAGGAACAAGAGACGAAACGUCGUUGUGUGGCGUUUCGGUCUAUUUCCGAUCUCGAGAACCCGGACGCUGUAGAUCAGAUGCCCACAGGCGAUUUAGGACUAACCGACAUUUCCAGUAUGCAAAAACCAUCCUCGCAAAACACACAGCCAAGGUUGAAGAAGAUUCCUCAGGGAUCUGGAAACCAGGCUCUCAACUUUCCGGUCGUGAAAAAUCCUAACGACCCAAGCACGAAGCUACGCUUGAGUCAGCGGACGGCCUCUCAGCAAAGCGAAGAUAGCCAGCCUACCAAACACGUCACAUUUGGUGUAGAUACUCCCCUAGAAGAUGUUUCGUCUGGUUCGACUCUACACACGGAAAAGCCCGAGUCCACCAGCUCCGUACCACCCGGUACGCGGGAGAGGAGUACCGCAAACCCUCUUGAUAUUGGAUGUGUUCCUCGACCUCACGCCCGAUUCCACGUAUUCAAUCUGUCGCCGCCAUCAACGGAAGAUGUUCUAUCGUCUAUGGACAUCUUAGGCCGGCCCAAUGUCAUUUACCAAGACGCGUUUUACAGUAACGAGAACGACGUACCUCAAAGAGUCCGAGAGUAUGCCGGCCAGGAGUUUCGCCUCGAAGGCAAUACGCUCCCGUAUCUGCCGGAUUUUGAUCCGACAGGGGAAGCUCCUGCUAACUAUGGCAUGAAGUCUGACCUGCCCUUAGAUGUUGAUAAGGACAACCGGAUGUAUAGGAAGCAGCGUCGGGAGUGCUCGCUGAGGGGCUGGGAGAUCGCAGAGCCUCCGCCUUCUUUCGACGAGGUGCAGGGUUGGUGGGUAGGAAGACAGAGAGUAGCAAAUUCCUCUCAGGACCCCACUGUGAAGAUUCGGGUUCACGAACCUAAACCGUACAUGUCUCAAAUCGACGGUCCUACCCCGAGGAAUAGGCAUGGGUUCAAAUAUUCCCAGAAGAGGAAAUCGACGAGCGUCCAGCACGAAGCACAGUACAUGAGUACGAUGAGCCUAGAACUACACGUGAAUACGAGGGGAAAGCUAGUUCCAAAUCCGGAGGAGGACGAAGUCCAGUGCAUUUUCUGGUGCUCCAAGUCGGAUGAGAACUUCGCUACCGGUGAUGACUCAUCUGUGGCCGUCCAGUCCGGCAUCAUCGUUCUCUCGGAGGAUGGAUCGCUGGCGCGGAGAAUACAGAGGCAGACCCGGGCCGAGGUCAUCGAAGAGGCAUCGGAGCUCGACUUGAUGGGGAGGAUGGUUGAAAUUGUCAGAACGCAUGACCCAGACAUUCUCACCGGCUACGAGGUCCACGGCAGCUCCUGGGGGUAUCUGAUCGAACGAGCGAAGUUCAAAUAUGACUAUGAUCUAUGCGACGAAUUCUCACGAAUGAAAAGCCAGUCCUUCGGGCGCAUCGGAAAGGAAGCAGAUCGAUGGGGCUUCAACACUACCUCAACGAUUCGGGUAACAGGCAGGCAUAUGAUUAACAUCUGGCGCGCUAUGCGCGGCGAGCUGGAUUUACUUCAGUACACAAUGGAGAACGUUGUCUGGCACUUGCUGCACCGCCGGAUUCCGCACUACUCCUGGCGCACGUUGACGGAGUGGUAUGUUGGAGGGAGACACGGAGACUUCAGCAAGCUCCUCCGAUAUUACCUGACCCGGACGAAACUCGACAUAGAAAUUCUCGAGGCGAACGAGCUCAUCCCGAGAACCAGCGAGCAGGCACGGCUUCUGGGCGUCGACUUCUUUUCUGUUUUCUCCCGCGGGUCUCAAUUCAAGGUCGAGUCAAUCAUGUCUAGAAUUGCGAAGCCGGAAAACUUCAUACUGGUUUCGCCCGACAGGAAGCAGGUCGGCGGCCAGAAUGCGCUCGAAUGCCUCCCUCUCGUUAUGGAGCCCCAGAGCGCAUUCUAUAACAGCCCAUUGGUGGUGUUGGACUUCCAGAGCUUAUACCCCAGCGUCAUGAUCGCCUAUAACUAUUGUUACUCGACCUUCCUCGGCCGCAUUGUGAACUGGCGUGGCGUGAACAAGAUGGGCUUUACAGAAUACCAGCGGCAAAAUAGACUGCUGGAGCUGCUCAAGGACUACAUCAACAUCGCCCCGAACGGCAUCAUGUAUUGCAAAGCGGAGAUCAGAAAGUCUCUGCUAGCGAAGAUGCUGACGGAGAUUCUAGAAACGCGGGUGAUGGUAAAGAGCGGGAUGAAGGAGGAUAAAGACGAUAAGACCCUGCAGCAGCUCCUCAACAACAGACAGCUUGCUUUAAAGCUGCUUGCAAACGUCACGUAUGGCUAUACAUCGGCGUCAUUCUCCGGCCGCAUGCCCUGCUCCGAGAUCGCGGAUAGCAUUGUGCAAACUGGGCGUGAGACUUUAGAGAGGGCAAUCGCAUUUAUCCACUCGGCGGGAAAGUGGAAAGCAGAAGUCGUGUACGGCGAUACCGAUAGCUUGUUCAUCUAUCUCCCCGGGAGGACUCGAGACCAAGCGUUCGAUAUCGGGAACGAGAUCGCCAAGGCGAUCACGGACAUGAAUCCUCGUCCCGUGAAGCUCAAGUUCGAGAAGGUUUACCACCCAUGCGUGCUCCUAGCGAAGAAGCGCUACGUCGGAUACAAGUACGAGAGCAAAGACCAGGUGAAGCCCGAGUUCGACGCCAAGGGUAUCGAGACGGUGAGGAGAGAUGGGACGCCCGCGGAACAGAUGGUGGAGGAGAAGGCGCUCAAGAUCCUCUUCGAGACGGCCGACCUCAGCCAGGUCAAGUCGUAUUUCCAGAAGCAGUGCGAGAAGAUAAUGCGCGGGGCCGUCUCGAUACAAGAUUUCUGUUUCGCGAGGGAAGUCAAACUAGGAACCUACAGCGACAAAGCGCCGCCGCCACCGGGCGCCCUGGUCAGCACGAGAAAAAUGCUGGACGACGCGAGGGCGGAGCCGCAGUACGGCGAGCGCGUGCCGUACGUGGUGGUGUCGGGGGCACCGGGAGCGCGGCUCAUCGACCGCUGCAUCGCGCCGGAGGAGCUGCUAGACAGCACGCAUCUUCAGCUCGACGCCGAGUACUACAUCGUGAAAAACCUGAUCCCGCCGCUGGAGCGGAUCUUCAAUCUGGUGGGGGCCAACGUGCGGCAGUGGUACGACGAGAUGCCCAAGGUGCAGCGGGUGCGGCGGGUGGACCCGGGGCAGGGGACCGGGGGGGCGGGGCGGAAGACGACGCUGGAGUCGUACAUGAAGGCGGCGGUGUGCGUGGUCUGCCGGACGCGGAUGGGCGGGGACGAGGAGGGGCCGGCGUGCGCGCGGUGCCGGCGGGAGGCGUCGGCGUCGGCGCUGCGGCUGCGGAGCCAGCUGGGCCGCGAGGAGCGGCGGCUCGCCGACGUGACGAGGCUCUGCCGGAGCUGCGCGGGCCUCGCACCCCUCGACGCGGUGCCGUGCGACAGCCGCGACUGCCCCGUGUUCUACACGCGGAUGAAGCAGGAGGCGCGCUGCCGGACGGAGAGGGCGGUCGUGGAGCCCGCGAUCCAGCAGCUGCUCGACGGCUCGGUCGGGGCGGAGGCGCUGGAGUGGUGA